AUGGAGGAGAUCUUCCUCACAACCAGUGUCCCUGUGAAGAAUGGACACAAUCAUCCACAACCACCUCCCAUCAUCCCCAUGGUGGCACCACUGUGGAAAUGGGAUGGUGGAGAAUGUACUCCACCUGUGGAUUUCUAUUCAAAGAGAAGAGAUGUCCGACUUAGAUAUGUUGAGCAUCCUGCUAUGAUGUCCAUCACCAAGCCGGAACACUCCGAGGCCAACCCUCAGUGCCAGACUGGCAGCUGGCCGGUGGCUGAGCCCGAGACCCCUGCUGUUCACAAUAACAGUGGAGGCUGGCUCAGCUGGGUCUUUGGGAGUGGAAGAGUUAAUAAGAAGGAGGUUCAUCUACCUGAGGACAAAGACAGAUCUAUUGUCUGGGAUCCAACUCUGCACAGAUGGGUUAACAAAACUGAGCCCAAGGUUGAGAACAAGUGUGUACCACCACCUCCACCGAUGUGGACAUACGGAUAUCAGGGGAACACUGGCAGUGUCCCCAAAGGAGUGAAUCCUUACUCUAUGAAAGCAGCAGGUCUAUGGGGCAGCAGAUACCCUACAAUGCAUUACAAUGAUGGGACCAACUCAAAGCCUCCAAGCCAUGGGCCUGGACUGCUUCCUAGACAGCGCUCUGGCUUGCUCCCUCCUUCACACUUUGACCUCAUGGCACCAAUGGUUGUGCCACCUGACACUCUACCCUACUGAGUCUGUUCGUCGGACGAAACUGGAGAAAAAUAACUAGUGUCGAAAGUAAACAUCCGCACCUCGAUGGUGCCAACUCUGCUUAUGUCU